AUGCAUGAUGCUGCAAGCAAGUUCAGUGAUGAACAAUUUCUGUUGAAGCUGGCCUACCUCAGCGAUAUGUUUGGCAAGCUGAAUGAGUUAAAUCUUCAGCUCCAAGGCAAGGAUAAGCACAUACCCCAACUGGCAGACAAAAUCACUGCGUUCUCCCGAAAGCUCGAGGGAUGGGGCAGGCGCCUCGACCAACAAAAUAUUGAUGCCUUUGAGAACCUGGGUGAGGUUGCUGAAAAAACCGAAUCUGGUGCCACCACAGUGAUCCCCUGCAUCAAGCAACACAUCUCCUGCCUGAGAGAAAUGUUUCACAAAUACUUCCCCAUCAACAGUGCUCAGUACAACUGGGUUAUGGAUCCAUUCAAUGCAGCAGCACCUGCUGAUUUCAUGUCUGCUGAGGAGGACCAGUUUAUUGAACUGACAUCUGACUCCAUCCUGAGGCUGAGGUUCACCACUCUUUCUCAAUUCUGGUUUGGAGUGGAGAAUGAGUAUGCACUCAUCGGGCAGAGAGCUGUGUCCAUUCUUCUCCCCUUUGCCACAUCUUAUCUGUGUGAGAUAGGCUUUUCAGCUGUUGCUUCACUCAAAACAAAGUACAGGUCUCAGCUGAACAUUGAGCAUGACUUAAGUGUGGCAGUGUCAAGCCUGCAACCCCGAUUUGAAAAGCUGUGCAGUGCAAAGCAGGCUCAUUGUAGCCACUAA